AUGGAUUAUGCGCCAGUGGUGACCGCAGUGUUGGCGUUUCUUCUUUAUCUCAACACCUUACCUGCAGAUUUCGCUUAUGAUGACAGCCGAGCCAUUCUGAAGAACCCAGACUUACUGCCAGAGACCCCAAUAUGGAACCUCUUUUACGACGACUUCUGGGGCACCCCACUACUCCACAGCGGAUCCCACAAGUCCUACAGACCCCUGUGUGUGCUCACCUUCAGGUUGAACUACAUGCUGGGGGGUCUGAACCCCUGGGGUUACCAUCUGGGCAACGUUAUCUGCCACACCAUCACAACGGCCCUCUUCACAAUCCUGGCAAGGCUUCUAUUGGUGUCGCACAUCGGAACUUUCACUGCAGGACUCCUGUUCGCUGCUCACCCCAUACACACAGAAGCUAGACUCCCAAGGUUAAGAUGGCCACUGUCUGGCUUGUUGUUUGUUCUGACCGCUGCUGGUAUGUUGAACAAGGAACAAGCACUGACCGUGCUGGCCGUGUGUGCAACUUACGAUGUGUUUGUGGCUCAUCGGAUCUCACCCUCAGAUGUCUUCAGUUUGAGAAUAUUCACACAGGUGAGGUUUCGACCAGCAUUUGAAGGCCUUCUUCUUCUGACUGUUUAUGGAUUGACUUUGCUGAGUUUCCGCAUUUACUUCAUGGGCAACAAGCCACCAGAGUUUGCUCCCUCAGACAACCCUGCGUCUGAUUCUGACAGCUUGCUGACCAGGAUUUUAACUUAUAAUUAUUUGCCCAUGGCCAACUUUUGGAUGAUGCUGUGUCCAAGUGUGCUGAGUUUUGAUUGGUCCAUGGAGGCAGUCCCACUUUUGGAAAGUUUCUCGGAUAUGCGGAAUAAUAACGAUAGUAAUUACUUAAUUACAGUGAAAGCUGCUGGAAAAGGGUUUCACAAAUAUGGAGGAAAAUCAGCUGACUCAGGUGGUACAUCAGAAAUAUAUCAGAAUAUCAUUCCAAAUUGCAAUGGUUCCUUGAAUGCAAGCAAACAUUCCAAGACAAGUUUUGCUCAGGUUCAAGCUCAGACAUCAGUCCCCAAUGGCAAGUCUCAAAAUGUGAUCCUUGGCCACCCUUACCAGUCUUUCAUAUCAGCAUCCAUCCGAUCCCUGGAUGUGAGCAUUUUAUCCAUUGCCAUAAUUGUGUUUCCAUUUAUCCCCGCAUCCAACUUAUUUUUUUAUGUGGGUUUUGUGAUAGCAGAGAGGAUAUUGUACAUUCCUAGCAUGGGAGUAUGUUUACUGGUGGGUCUGGGUGUAGAGGCCUUGUACAGACGUUGGCGAAGAGACGUCUGCAGGAGGUUGUUGCUGUUAGCUUUAGCCGGUCUGGUGCUGGCAUUCAGUGCUCGGACAGUUCUGAGGAACUUGGACUGGCAGUCAGAGGAGAGACUGUACUCUUCAGGCAUCCGUGUCAACCCUGCUAAAGCUUGGGGAAAUCUGGCCAAUAUCUUCAAUGACAAGCACGAAACAGACAAAGCUGAGGAAGCAUACAAGAAGGCCCUUACAUACCGACCAAACAUGGCAGACGUCCACUAUAACCUGGGAGUGCUCCUGCAGACACAGAAUCGAGUCACGGAAGCUUUGGAAAGUUACAGAAAGGCCAUUCACUUCAGACCAAAACUCUCAGUUGCUCACCUCAACCUGGGGAUUCUUACGGCAAAAAUGGGAGACACCGAACAAGCCAAGAAGAUCUACAGCCAUUGUGCUGACCUCGACACCUCAGGGUUGAAGGAUCCCAGGCUGCAUGACGGAACUAAAAUCUCCUGCCUGUUCAACCAGGGCAGACUGCUAAUGGACGAGGACAGGCUGCAGGAAGCAUUGGAAAUAUUUAACAAAGCUCUACAGAAGCGACCAGACCACUACUCUCCUCAGAGCAUCUACAACAUGAUUGGUGAAGUUUAUUUCAAACUGGAUCAGUUGGCCGAAGCUGAAAAAUGGUAUAGAGAAGCAUUGAAGGUCAAGCCCGAUCAUCUUCCUGCCUACCUGACCAUGUCGAAACUGUACCAGGCAAAGAAUUUAUUUGAAGAAGCUGAAAAAUGGUUAGAUAGAGCAAAGGAGCAGAACCCCUCAGAUCUCACUGUAGACUUCCAUAGAGCCCAGCUGUUUGCCUCUAUGAAGAGAUUUGAUGAUGCUGUUAACAUCUUUGAGAGAAUCCUGCCUCACAUGAGCCAAGACUUUGAUGUUGUUUACAAUGCUGCUAGUGCAUAUAGAUGCCCAGAAAAAGCAAAAGCUGAGGAGAUGUACAUUGCUGCUACCAAGUUGAAACCAAAUGAGCCAGCCGCCUGGAUGAACCUGGGAGCCAUGCUGCACAUCAACAACAAGUAUGAGCAGGCAGAGAGGGCCUACUUGCGGGGUCUGGAGCUGCGGCCCAACGACAAGGUCACCUUGGAGAACCUCCAGCGCUUGAGGAAACUAAAGCAGAAGCACGGAUGA